AUGGUUACUACCAGUGCUUUGAAGCUUGCGGAGACUUUAGAAGGUUAUGUGGUCGCUUUGUCUUCCGAUGAAUCUUCGUCACGUGGGUUACUCAUCACUCACACAGGGGAGAUCAAGCUGACGGAUUUUGAGAAGACCAGUUUAAUUUCCCCCUUCACGAUAAUUGCCGGUCUUAUAGGUAUCAUCCAGUUGAGGGCCAGUUAUUAUUUAGUUACUGUUGAUGGGGCUUCAGAGGUGGGUGCCAUUUAUGGGGAUAAAAAGAUCUACAAGAUGGCCACUUUUUCGAUUCUCCCAUUGAGUACAUCCAAGUUCAACGUAGAUGAAGAUGAAGCCAAGUAUUUGGAUCUGUUGAAGGUUCAUUUGGAUGAAUCGACACUUUACUUUUCAUAUGAUUACGAUUUGACAAGGUCGUUCACAGCCCAAUCUCAGUCCAAAGAGGGCUCGGAUCCAAACAUCUCUUUUGACUCGGAAUAUAUGUGGAAUUACUUCAUUUCCGAUCCAUUGUUGCAGGCUGUCAAGAUCGACAGUUAUAUUGGUAACUUUGUCUUGCCCCUCAUCUACGGUUAUGUAAAGUUUGUGAAGUCUUCCGUCAAUAUGUCAUCCAUUACGUUUGGUCUGAUCACAAGACGGUCACGCCAUCGUGCAGGAACUCGGUAUUUCCGUCGUGGAAUCAAUGAGGCUGGCCAUGUUGCCAAUUUUAAUGAAACUGAGCAGUUUCUCGUUGUACACGGAGAAAAAGGUAUUUUUGUGGACACCUAUCUGCAGACUAGAGGUUCUGUUCCGGUGUUUUGGGCAGAAUUGAACAACCUCCGGUACAAACCUUCUUUGCUACUUGGACCAAGUGAUUAUGUUCCCGCUCGCCAUCAUUUUGAUGGAAUGAUUCAGAAAUAUGGUACCACGUUCCUUGUGAACUUGGUGAACCAAUCGGGUCACGAAAAGCCAGUUAAGCAGGCAUAUGAAAAUGCCGUCACGGCCUUGGCAGACCCGGAUAUUAAGUAUACCUACUUUGACUUUCACCACGAAUGCAGGAGUAUGCACUGGGAGAGAGUUCGGUUGUGUCUUGAGAAGUUGAAGGUUGCGGGACUCGAUCAGGACGACUAUUCGUCAUGCAGAGUUACUGAUACAGACGAUAUAUCCGUGAAGAAGUCUCAGCAUCAUAUUGUCAGAACUAAUUGUAUGGACUGUUUGGACCGUACCAAUGUAGUUCAGUCAAUGCUGGGUCGUUGGUUCCUUCAGAAACAGCUGGUCAAUUCGGGUAUUCUCGAUGGGACGGAGGAGUGGGAAGUGUUAGAUCCUAACUUCAAUCUUGUUUUCCAGAGUAUCUGGGCCGAUAAUGCAGAUGCGGUCUCAACUGCGUAUUCUGGUACGGGUGCUUUGAAGACAGAUUACACUAGAACAGGUCAACGGACCAGGGCGGGUGCAUUGAACGACUUAUGGAACUCUAUUUCUCGAUAUUUUAAAAACAAUUUCAGAGAUGGUCCAAGACAGGACGGCUUCGAUCUCUUCCUUGGCAAUGCACACCCUUACGAAUUCGGCAGUGAUCGAUUGCAAGAUGAGAGAUCUUCGUUUGUCCAGGCUGUUCCAUAUAGUUUCUUUGUGUCUGUGAUUAUCUUCUUCACAACGUUAACGUCUCCUAGAGGUUCUCUUACUGAAUUUAAGAACUACUCGUUCCUUACCUUCUUCUUUCUUUUGGCAGCUUUUUCUCUAAGAUACAUGGCAGUUCAUGGUCUCCAAUAUGUUAACUGGCCCAAAUUGUGCUCUUUGGAGUAUGUGGUCAAGAAGAGUAUGUACAGUAAGACUAGAUUCGAGGGUGUGGAGUACUUCAAGUCAGACAGUUACAAUAAGUAUGUCGAAGAUACCAAGAACGAAUAA